UCAAUCUUUACAACACACACUGUUUAUUACUACAACAGCAUUCACACCUAUCUGAAGUCCAAUCUCACCACUGUCAAUUUUACACUACUACCACCACCACCAGCAGCUGGACCAGUGAUGAAUAAAAACCUAACAGAACACAAACACUGAAAACCAUGGCCACCACAACCACAUCAUCACCACCCAACCCCAACCCAAAUACACAAUCCCGCGAGUCCGAGUCCGUGUCCCUACCAACCAACACUCGCACAAUCCGACCCAAACGCUCCGGCAUGAUCCAACAUGUGAUGCGAAUGCGUCUCGCCACAGGCGUGCGAUCAUCACCUUUCGCCGGCCGACUCGGCGGCAACCAGGAAUUUGUGGUCGAUCGAGAAAACCCGGAAAAUGCUGUCUUGCUGGAGCGAAUGCCGGAUGCAGCUCCAAACUUGAGUCUCAGAGAAGCUUUUGAUCUUCGAGGAUUUGCUCAGGCCGAGUUGUAUCGUGCGGCUGUUAUUGAAGGGAUUGGAACUCUAGUCUUCACCUUCUCAUCGGCAUACAACUCUCUAUCUCCAUAUGAACCACCACCUCUUCCAUCACCGACAUCAGGCGUCUUCAGCACAGCAGCAUUUCUCGGCCCAUUAAUCGGAUCCAUCAUCACAAUCAUCACACUCUCACUCCUGAUUUACUCAUUAGGCGCCAUUUCUGGCGGACACAUGAACCCACUCAUCACGAUUGGAACCUUUUUCGCUCGCUUGACCACCUUCCCCCGCCUGGUACUCUACCUAUGUGGUCAACUCGCUGGAGCGAGCCUCGCCGGCCUGUUACUCCGUUCCGCCGCCGAUACCCGCUCGUUCAAAGUCGGCGGAUGUUAUCUCUUCCAAGACAUGGCAUCCGUACGAUCUGCUUUAGCCAUUGAAUUCGUCGGGGAUUUGCUCUUGUUAAUCAUGGCAUUCGGCGUCGGGUUGGAUCCUCGCCAGGCUGAAUUGUUUGGUCCGGCUCUCGGACCCGUUUUGGUUGGGUUGGCGGCUGGAUCCACGGCGUUGAGUUUGGCAUUUUCAAAGCCUGGAUAUGGUGGUGCGAGUUUAAACCCCGCGAGAUGUUUUGGUGUUUUCGUUGGAAGUAGCUUUCCCUCUUGGGCCUGGGUUACUUGGGUGGGUCCAAUUGCCGCGAGUCUGGCUCAUGGUGUCAUGUAUUUUGUGGUUCCGCCCAUGCCGGUCAAAGGGAGGAAUAUUGGUGAGGUUCAUGCCGAGUUGGGUCAGAGGGCCAAGGAGAAGCAGAUGGAGAGGAGUUUGGAGGAUAGAGUUUAGAUACGGUAGAUUGUUCGUGUCGUAUGGAUGAUGGCUUGCUAGGUAAGGUAGAUAGGUGGGUAGGUAAGAUGGUAGGUAGAUG